AUGGCUCUUCAGUCUGCUCUCUCAUUGGGAAUCAAUCUCCGUCUUACCGAUGAUCGAACGCAUGAUAUAUCUAAGGAGGCUCGUGCUCGUCUUUGGUGGUCUAUCUAUUCCUUCGAGCACCUUCUCGCAUCAAUGCAUGGUCGAGCAUCGUGCAUCGGGGAACAUCUAUGCGCCUUGCCAGCUCCGCUGCCCGUUGAAGAAGAGACAUUCGAUCAGCCUGAAAUCGUGAGCCUUUUACAAGAUCGUACAUUGCGGGAGGCCAAACUCUGUCCGACGCUAUUUGAGACUACUCCCCAAUCUCAGACUGGAUCGAGCUGGGUGACUGAGUGCAAGCCUUGCCCGUCACUGUUUUUCUACUGCCUCGUCGACCUGUCCCUUAUAUCCCAAGCUGCCUUGAAUAAAGUCUACAGCAUGGAGGGUAUUCGCCAGGGACCCAGCCUGACAGAAUAUCGCCUCCAACAAUAUUCAUUACUCCUUGAUCGGUGGCUCACGAAAGUCCCAGCCAAUUAUAAAUUCAUCGUCCCAGAUGCAGGACCUUGGCAUGUCAAUCACGCCCAUCUAGAUGAUCUCAAUACCCCAUUUGCGCGUGAACGUGUUUGUCUUGCGUUGAGCUACUAUUCAGCCCGCAUAACUCUCUGUCGGCCCUGUUUUACCCAUUCACGUACCCCUCUAAGUCCAGACGCGAGCCCACGUGCUAAAAUGAAAACCGAAAUGGCCACUCAAGGUCUUCAAGCCGCCUGUUCGCUGAUCUCGAUCCUCCCUGAGGAAGUAGAUGUCACCUGGUUGGCACGCGUCACCCCAGGGUGGAGCUUUCUACACUUCCUAAUGCAAGCCACAACAAUCCAUCUCCUUUCCUUGUUAUAUUGCACUCCCGCUGUCGCGCUCAAAACCUGGAACGAACAGCCAGGUCAGCCUACCUCUGGCGAAACGUCAACCUAUAUUUACCCGCCUCUCAGGGCGGCCGAUAUCAACGCAGUAAUUAUGCAGACCAGAAAGGCAUUAACCUGGAUUCACGCUAUGGCUUCUGUCGAUCCUGCGGCUCGGCGUGCGUUCCUGAUGAGCGACGGCGCCAUUAGGAGGAUCGCCCCUGUGUUGCAGAUCGAUCUGCGCGAUUGGCCGAGCUCAGAAACAUUGGCUGGUGAGAUUGUGAAUGAUGGUGUAACUGAUGGCGGGGAUACAGGGCUCCGCAUGGAUACGUUGGAGGACCUGGUUGAUUUUGAAGGCCAUGGGUCUUUGUCUUUUGAGUGA